CCCAGACCGUGCGAGGCGCCCUCCGGUCCGUCCGCCGGGAGCUGAGGCCAAGGGCCAGAAGGGCCCGCAGCCGCGCCUGGAAGAUGCGCCCCGGGACUGCCGGCACCCUGAAGGCAGCGUUCCUCGUCUUUGCCUCCCUGUGCGCCUGGUAUUCCGGGUACCUGCUCGCAGAGCUCAUUCCAGCUGUGCCCCUGUCCGGCACCAUCUACAGCAUCCGGAGCAUCGGUGAGAGGCCCGUCCUGAGAGCGCCAGCACCGAAAAGGCAAAAAUGUGACCACUGGACCCCGUGCCCCACAAACAGCUAUGCCUACCGGUUGCUCAGCGGGGGUGGCAGGGACAAGUAUGCCAAGAUCUGCUUUGAGGAUGAGAUGCUCAUAGGAGAAAAGACUGCAAAUGUUGCAAGAGGAAUAUACAUUGCUAUUGUCAACUAUAUGACUGGGAAAGUGAUAGCAACACAGCUUUUUGAUAUGUACGAAGGCGAUAACUCUGGACCAAUGGCGAGGUUUAUUCAGAGCGCCCCUUCGCAGUCCCUGCUGUUCAUGGUGACCCAGGAUGAAGGCAGCAGCAGACUGAAGGAGGACGCCAAGAAGGCCAUCGAAGCCCUGGGAAGUAAAGAGAUCAGAAACAUGAGAUUCAGGUCAAGCUGGGUGUUCCUUGCAGCAAAAGGCUUUGAACUCCCUGCAGAAAUUCAGAGAGAAAAGAUCAACCACUCAGAUAGCUCAAGGAACAGGUACUCGGGCUGGCCUGCAGAGAUACAGAUAGAAGGCUGUAUACCGAAAGGACCAAGCUAACGUUGCCCGGCCUUAAUAAACGUGUGUUUAUAGACAAAUGCA